AUGAAAGCCGUUGUGCACCCCGUCCACAACGCCUUCCAGUCCUACCUCCGAGCUCUGAUCUCCGAUACCGCUGUCCGGGCUCCACUGCGGCAACCGGUCUGCGCAGAGUGCUUGACCAUACUGACCCCGACGCAGACACUGCGACGACAAAGAAGAUCGCCCAGACUCUCCCUGAGGCGCCAACUACAUGUCGCGAGCACGGUCUGCUCCGACUGGACGGUGAGAUCUACGGGGCCCCAACCGCAGCGGCAAUGGCGUCAGAAGAGGGAGCUCGCGACGGUGAAAGACGUACGCCCCCGCGGACCAUUGGUGGAGUACGAUGAACGAGUCCACGCAGGGCGACUGCGGAUGGAUGAGCAUCAGAGAACGCUGGUCGAGCACCUCCAAGAUCUCCACGAAUCGCUACAGGACUAUAUCCCUCCGAAAGUGAUUCACCCAGACAUCCAUGACCUUCAACCGCCCAAGAAAUCCCUCUUCGGGUCGUUGUUUUCGAGCGGCCAGAAAAAGAAGGCCAUAGGCGAGAUACCCGAGAACCUGCCCAAGGGACUGUACAUGUACGGCGAUGUCGGGUCCGGCAAGACGAUGCUGAUGGACUUGUUCUUUGACACGUUACCCGCCAACAUCACGUCCAAGACGCGCAUCCACUUCCAUAAUUUCAUGCAGGAUGUGCACAAGCGGCUGCACAAGAUCCGGAUGGAAUACGGCAACGACUUUGACGCCGUGCCCUUCAUCGCGGCCGACCUGGCCGAGACGGCGCAGGUCUUGUGCUUCGACGAGUUCCAGGUGGUCGACGUCGCGGACGCGAUGAUCCUGCGCCGGCUGAUCGAGGCGCUCAUGUCGCACGGCGUCGUCCUAGUGACCACCUCGAACCGCCACCCGGACGACCUGUACAAGAACGGCAUCCAGCGGCAGUCCUUCAUCCCGUGCAUCAACCUGCUCAAGAAGCGCCUGCGCGUCAUCAACCUGGACUCGCAGACGGAUUAUCGCAAGCUGCCCCGCCCGCCCAGCGGCGUGUACCACCACCCUCUGGACCGCGCGGCCAAAUCCCACGCGGACAAGUGGUUCAGCUUCCUGGGGGACCCCGAGAACGACCCGCCUCACCCGACGACCAUCACGGUGUGGGGCCGCGAAGUGCACAUCCCGCUCGUCUCCGGGCGCGCCGUGCGGUUCACGUUUCACGACCUCAUCGGCCGGGCCACGGGCGCGGCGGACUACAUUGAGAUGAUGCGCAGCUUUGACGCCUUCAUCGUCACGGACGUGCCCGGGAUGACGCACCGCGAGAGAGACUGGGCCCGCCGAUUCAUCACUUUUAUCGACGCCGUGUAUGAGAGUCACGCCAAGUUGGUGCUCACCACGGCCGUGCCGCUGAGUCAGCUGUUCGUCAGCAAGACGGAGCUGGACGACAGUCUGGACAGAGUGACGGAUAAAGUCAAAAAGGACGAGGCCGCGGCGAGCAAGGACGAGAAAAACGUCGUUCAGGAGAUUCAAAACGCCAAGGUCAAUCAGUCUGGACCUUCGGGUCAGGAUGAAGGCCACGACGUCGAUGAUGUGAUGCGCAACCUGAUGGACGAUCUGGGCAUGAACAUGAGCAUGCUCAAGCAGUCGUCGCUGUUUAGCGGUGAUGAGGAGCGCUUCGCCUUCGCGCGGGCCUUGAGCCGCUUGACCGAGAUGGGCAGUCAGGAGUGGGUGGAGAGAGGGAUGGGGCUUGAGAAGAGAGGAGGACUUCAUGAGAAGGAAGGCUGGCAGAGGGUCCGGAGCCGAUGGAGGGAGGAUAGUUUGUGA